CAUACAGAGAUGGCAACAGAAGGGGAGCCGGGUGGCUUCGUCAAAAUGGUCCACCUCUUCCUUCUGUCCACAGCCUGGGGGAUGCAGUUAUGGGUGACCUUUAUAGCAGGGUUUGUCCUUUUCCGGGGGGUCAGCCGUCACACCUUCGGCCUCGUACAAAGUAAGCUCUUCCCCUUCUACUUCUACACCUUGCUCGGCUGCACAUUUCUGAAUCUGGCCAUCUUUGCGACGUACCACCCGUGGGAGCUGCUCAGUGCCAGGGAAACCAUCCAGAUCGUGCUGUUCUUCACCUGCCUCAUCCUGACUGCUGCAAACGCCUCCUGGUUUUCCCGGACCACCACGAAGACCAUGUUCAAGAUGCAGGAGAUUGAGCGGGAGCACGGGCUCGGGGCUGAAGUGGGGAUGUUGGCCCACCGGGAGGCUUAUCAGCGCCUGAAGGAGAAGGACGCCAAGUACCGGAGCCUGCGCCAGAGGUUCUUCACCUUCCACGGCCUGUCCUCCCUCUGCAAUCUGGCUAGCGUCGUCUGCACGGGUGUGAAUUUGGUGUGCCUGGCUCUGCAACUGGACAGCCUGUGA